GAUUCCCCGCAAUUGCAACUUUUAUACAAUAUAACAAAUAUACUUCUCAUUAGCCAAGUGUUAGACGAAUCGCGGACAGACUGACUAUUGUGAAUUUCAGGAUGAACCGCGUCUUCAAAUAUGCGCGGGAUGUCAAUUAUACAGCUGCUGGGACUAGUCCACCGUCGGUUCUAUUCAAGUGCGAACUCCUUAAAGAUGUGUAGAAUUUCUGAAAUUUCCGGGGAUCUGUUCUCCGCAUCUCGUGAAUACUCAUUAGCCCAUUGCGUAUCGGCGGACUUGCGAAUGGGUAAAGGGAUUGCACUAAAGUUUCGGGACAAAUUCAGUCAGAUUUCAAAGCUCAAACAGCAAAAUCCUAAACCGGGCGGUGUUGUCAUGCUGAAGGAUGGAAGCAGGUACAUCUACUACUUGAUAACGAAGCAGAAAGUUUAUCAAAAGCCCACAUACAUUACGCUAGUUGCUUCCCUCACUGCAAUGAGAAAUCAUAUGGCUAAAAACGGUAUCAAAAAACUCGCGAUUCCUAGGAUCGGAUGCGGAUUAGACGGGCUUAUUUGGAGUAAAGUCAAAACUGAAGUUGAACAAGUUUUCCAAGACGAUGAUAUUGAAAUUGUCGUAUAUAAUUUUGUUCCAAAAAAGUGAAGCUGGUGUCCAGUGUUUUCAUAUGUUACUCAUUUGUGAAAUGUACGUUAUUUUUCUAUUAAAUUAUAUUUAGU